AUGCCGGCUCUGACCGGUAAAGGCGUUGCGGCGCUCGCUAAAUCGCCGAGGCAGGCUUGUUUUCUUUUCAUCACUCCCCGGGGGGGGCUGCCGACGGCAAACGACCACAAAUUCAGGUUGGUCCCCCCAACGAAGCCUCUCGAGCCGGUCAUCCGUCGUGCUGGGCUCGUGCUCAGCCGCGCCAAUCCAGAGGGACGGCGGGAGACGCACGUACUUGCCGACAAGCUCGUCCCGGCCUGGGACGACUCGGGGCAAUCUGCCGCGAGUGAGCCCUGGGAGCAUCGCACCCUCCUUGAUCCCCACGACUGCUCCCUCUCUCACUCUCCCUCUCUCCCCCCACUGCAGUCAACUUGCUUCUCAGUCGGGUACCACUGCAAACCGCCCAGCAUGAGUGAUCCCGUGGAUACCAAGUCGCCUGUGGCCGACAAGCCGCAGGAGAUCGAGACGGGUGUUGCCCACAAUGACUACGACGAGAAGGUCUCCCGUGACAAGUACAAGUCCGACGCCAUCGAGGCCGAAGAGGCGGAAUACAAGAUGGGUGUCAUCGAGGCUGUCCGCGCCUACCCCAUGGCCAGUCUGUGGGCUUUCACCAUGUCCUGCACCAUUAUCAUGGAGUCCUACUGUGUCUUCCUGAUGGGCAGUUUCAUCGCCCUGCCCUCCUUCCAGAAGGAAUUCGGCGUCUAUAUCAACACCAGCAUCGACGGCACCGAGAACUGGGAAAUCAGGAGCGCCUGGGCCUCGGCCCUCCAGGCUUCCGGUCCCAUCGGCGCCCUCAUCGGCGUCACCCUCGCCGGCCCUCUCACUAGCCGCAUCGGCUACCGCUGGGCCACCAUUGUCGGUCUCAUGCUCCUCAACGGCUUCAUCUUCGUCUUCUACUUUGCCAACUCGCUGCCCAUCAUGCUGCUGUCCCAGCUCCUCGAGGGCAUCCCCUGGGGCAUCUUCAUCGCCAACUCGCCCGCCUACUGCUCCGAGAUUGUGCCCAUGCGGCUGCGUGCCCCCUGCACGCAGAUGCUUCAGAUGUUCUGGGCCAUCGGCGCCAUCAUCGUCGGCGGCACCACCUACGCCUACGCCGAGGAGCCCCGCGCCAUCUCCUACCGCAUCCCCAUCGCCCUGCAGUGGAUGUUCCCGACGCCCCUCGCCGUCCUCAUGUUCCUCGCCCCCGAGUCGCCCUGGUGGCUCGUCCGCAAGGGCCGCCUCGAGCAGGCCGCCAACGCCGUCUCCCGCCUCGGCCGCAAGUCCGUCGUCACCAACUACCACGACACGGUGGCCAUGAUGCGCCGCACCAUCGACCUCGAGAAGACGGACAAGGAGCCCGGCUACCUCGAGCUCUUCAAGGGCGUCGACGCCUACCGCACCGCCAUUGUCUGCUGCGUCUACGCCGCUCAGAACCUGACGGGCAACCUCAUCGCCAACCAGGCCGUCUUCUUCUUCCGCCAGGCCGGCAUCGGCAACGAGACGGCCUUCGCCCUCGGCCUCAUCACCUCGGCCCUCCAGACCAUCUUCGUCAUGCUCUCCUGGAUCCUGACGACCUACCUCGGCCGUCGCACCAUCUACGUCUGGGGCUCCCUCAUCAACACGGGCUUCCUCGUCGCCCUCGGCAUCGCCGCCUCCUUUGGCCGGAGCACCUCCUCCUCCCUCGCCCAGGCCUCGCUCGGCCUCAUCAUCUCCGUCCUUUUCACCCUCGGUCCCGCCCCGGCCUCCUGGGUUAUCAUUGGCGAGACCUCGGCCAUUCGCCUGCGGCCCCUGACUACCGGUAUCGGUCGCGGCUGCUACUACCUCGUCAACAUUCCCUGCAUCUUCCUCGGCAACUGGAUGCUGAGCACUACCGGUGCUCACCUUGGCGGCAAGUGUGGCUACGUCUGGGCCGGCACGGGCUUCGCCUGCUUCGCCCUCGCCUUCUUCUUCCUCCCCGAGAUGAAGGACCGCUCGUACCGCGAGAUCGACAUUCUCUUCAAGCGCAAGGUGCCUGCGCGCAAGUGGCGGCAGACGACCGUCGACAUCAACGACGACGAGUAG